CUUCGAUCGACAUAUUCAAGGUCACCAGCGUUUGUAAGCGCUCGGGAAUCCCCAAGCAUUUCUUAUUUCCGUCCUCUGCUUAGAUCCUUGAGAUGACGAUAUCAGAAGAUAUUGAAGGCUCAAGUCGAGCUUCAAGCCUCAGCUUUGAGAUUUCAGGUGCUAUUGAAUACAGCACUCCCGAUGCAAGGCUGGGGAGACUAUCAAUAGCCGGUCGCAAUGACAUUGAUACUCCAAACUUUUUCUCUAUCAGUUCCAGAGGCGUCGUUCCGCAUCUGACACCCGAUGUGAUCGGAGAGCAUACACAGCCAGGCGGAGUCCAUGUUGCAUUAGAGGAUUGUGAGUUUUUCUAGCCAAUAAGCUCCUUCGUCCAGAGACUGACAUUUGACAGUCAUAGAGAGAGCAACCAUUGGUACCCCACCAAUCAUGAAUGUCCCUGGCAAUGCUCCUCUCCAUACCUUCACUUGUCUUCCCACUUCAUUCAUCACGCUUCUGGCACCUCGUCGAACGCCAGCUGUGAUUGCUCCAAUUGGCAACACAAACACCGCAAUCUCGAUAUUCACCUCGACAGGAUUUCAAUCCUUGUCAAACAAAGCAUAUGUCAAUUACGCUGAGAAACUCCACCCGGACAUCAUCAUUGGCCUUGCUGAUGUUCCUCAUGGUACUGUUCCCGGAGUAAAACGCAUCGAUAAGAUGGGAGACAGAACAGAAGGAUGGUUAACAGAACUCCUCGCAUCUGAGCAUACAAAAUCGGCAGUCUUCGCACCCAUUUUACCAAUCGAGUACCACAGUCAAUUUGAGUAUCUAAAUAAUCUGGAUGAAUUUGCGGACAAGAUUCGAGGUCUUGCAUUCUACGACUCAAAUCUUCUUCCUGAUAUCCCGGCCACCACAGCUGUGGCGCAGCUUCCUCGACUUUCCCUCGAUGAACCAUCAUCACCUCACGAAAUCCUACGUCAAAUAUCUCUCGGAAUGGACAUUUUCACAAUACCAUUCAUUGGAUUCGCCACCGAUGCUGGAAUUGCCCUGGAUUUCCAAUUCCCAUCUCCCUCAACAUCCUCAGAGGUCGUCUCCACUGGAAAUGGAAGUACAACGAAAUCUCUCGGAGUAGACAUGUGGUCCACAGAACACAGCACAUCUUUGGAUCCGUUGUCGGUAUCUUGCGAGUGCUAUGCAUGCACCAUCCACCACCGUUCAUUCAUCCAACAUCUCCUCUCUGCCAAAGAGAUGCUUGGUUGGGCUUUACUUCAAAUCCACAACCAUUAUGUCCUUUCCAAGUUCUUCUCGUUCAUCCGUGAGAGCAUUGGACAGGGAACUUUCGAAGCGGAUUGUGAGACCUUUGCGAGGUAUUAUGAGACUGAGUUACCAGAGAAGAGUGGGCAGGGACCGAGGGUGAGAGGGUAUCAGUUCAAGACUGAGGGACCGGGGGAACGGAAGAAAAAUCAGCCUGGGUGGAGAGGUGAUUUGGAAGUGGCGUAAGAAGAAGCAAAAGUAGCUCAGAGGUCUUCUGCUUUCCAGCACUGCAGCGACCAGAAAUAUAGAUAUUAGAUGAGGUCGAGUGCGUUUUUUGAUAAAAAUAUUAAUACGAAUCUCCAG